AUGCCAACCGUUGAGAAGUUUGUACAACGUAAAUUCAGCUUCUGUUCUGCUAGAGUGCUGCUAUUAUGGAUGGGAAUCUGUCUCGUAUCUUGUCUCAUAUACGCAGCCAUCGCAUUUGCGUCGCUGUUGAACAAGAACAUUCUCCCUGAAGAUGUUGGACUUCAGUCAAUUCCUUAUGGUAAUGUUCCUGAACGCUACAGAGUUAAACUCUCAUUCUUCGCUGAUUAUAAUAAAUCAAACAGAACUUUUAAUGGGCACGUCGCACUUACUUUCAACUCCUACCGAGAUUCGAAUCGCAUACACAUCCAUAAAGGAAAUAAUAUAAAGAUAACUGAUGUUUCACUCCAUCUUGAAGGCUCCCCGAAGUCGAUGUCCGUAAGGAAGGGAGCAUACGACGAAGAGACUGAGAUUCAAACACUGAUCCUUGGUGCCAAUACUGCUAUUGACGUCCGAUAUGUAUUAGAGCUCAAGUUCAAAGGAAAAUUUGUAACUGAUAAUGGAGUGCAGGAGUUCGUCUAUGAGACAGAAAGAAGGGAAAAAAGAUACGGGCUGUAUUUCGCCACCAACGAUCAGGCUAAAAAGGGACUCCGAUAUCUGCUUCCGUGUUUUGAUUCCAAUCAAUUCCCCGCUGUAUUCGAUUUGAUUAUAGUUCGGAAGCAGUCCUUUACAAGCUUGUUUAACUCUGUGAUUUUGAAGACCACAAAAAUGUAA